GCAAUGCUGACCCCUGCUGCUCCGUCCGCGGUCACACCAGGAAGACGGUCCAGGGAUUUAAACUUGACAUCGUUGUAGAGAGUAUUCCUUAAGAACCGAAGCAGUGGUGCUACUACUGGCUACUAAUGGGCAUCACCAAACUGGCGGAUUUGAUCCGCCUAGAUGCUCCCGGUGCUAUUUCUCACAAGGAUAUCAGUGACUACACGGGAAAAGUAAUCGCACUGGAUACCUCCAUUGUUAUGAACCAGUUCCGUGCAGCGACGCCUUCCCUGAGUCCCCUGACAGGUCUCUUCUUCCGCACGCUCACCUUCCUGGAACAUGACAUAAAGCCAGUCUUUGUGUUUGACGGGAAGCCUCCUGGGGAAAAGACAGCUGUCCUUGAGAAGAGAGCUGAGACAGCUGGUAUGAGGUCCCCCAAUCUCACAGGCACAGCAUCAUCCCAGACCAAAGAUUGUCUCCAACUCCUGAAGCUUCUGGGUGUACCUAUCAUCCAGGCCCCAGGGGAUGCUGAGGCGAUGUGUGCCUGGCUGGUGAGAGAGGGGACUGUGGACGCUGUGGCAUCAGAAGACAUGGACACACUACCGUUUGGAGCCAAUAUUCUCAUUCGCCAGCUGAACGCUAAGAAGGACAGUGAUAUCAUUGAAUAUUCUUUACCCAAGCUGUUAGAGAAACUCCAAAUUAGUCACGAGGAGUUUGUUGACCUUUGUAUUUUGUUGGGCUGUGACUACUGUGACAAGAUAGCCGGUUUGGGUCCUAGGAGAGCUCUGACACUGAUCCAGAAGCACCGUACCAUUGAGAAUGUGGUUUUGCAUAUCAACAGACAGACCCAUCCUGUGCCACAUUUCUGGAAGUUUGAAGAAGCACGGAAGAUAUUCUUGGGUGCACCACAAACCAUGGCUCCUGAACUCACCUGGACUGAGCCAGAUGAAGAAGCCUUGGUUCGGCUCCUCUGUCACGUCAAACACGUGAGACAGGACAGGGUCCGUCAACGAAUGGAGAAGUUCCGUCAGACGCGGGAAACUAAGCGGGAGGAGAGGGAAAAGGAGAGGGCAGCAGGACGUAGCAAGCAGACUCGCAUGGAGGACUUCUUUAGAGUUACCAGAAAGAGGGAGCAGACUGUGGAAGCUGCAGACUCUUCAAGCAGCAAAAGAAAGAGACCAAAGUCAAAAUAAGGCUGCCACCAUCUCCCGCUUGCUGCCUCCACCAUCAAAGUUGGAAGUUUUCAACGCCUUUCCAAAUAUCUCAAACAAUCAUGAAAAAAACAGGCAUCUUGCAAGACAUUGACUUCAAGUCUUUGUUUCUGCAUGGGAGAACUACCCCCCCACUGACUAUACAAUAAUCUGAUCUUGCCUUAACAGCAGUGUUUGCAACAAUGCAGUUCUACCAGGAAAAGCAGAGCAGGCGAUGGACGGCUAUGAAAGAGAACAGUGGAUCACUGUCAGGGAGGCCUUCUCUCCAGCCAGAACUGGAGACAGGGGAUGUCUCAUCAGUAGAUAUUCAAUGAGCACCUGUUGUGUAAAGGGUGCCAAGGCAUAGACCAAGGACUUGAAUUUUAAAACAUGCACCACAAAGUAGUAUCAUGUCAAAAAGAGAUGGUGAGAUGUUUAAAUGAAGACAUUUUUUUUUUAUUAUUAUUUUUGAAAUACUUGUAAAUACAGUAUACACUGUAUGCUUUAUAUCAGGGAUCUUCAACAGGGGGUCCUCAGAGUCAAUGCAAGGGGGCCUCCAAAUUAUUGUUAAUUUUAUUUUAUUUUUUUCAAUGAAUCCAACAUAUUAUUAGCAAAUAUU